UCCAUACGGGCUUUCAAACCUCUUCUCCCCCGAUUGCUCAGUUUGGCCAGACGGUCAGCUCUAGGAAGGGUUGUGGUUGUCCCAAACGUCUUCCAUUUAAGUAUUGUGAACGAAAAAAUCAAUUACUCAUACGUAGAUAGCUGGUCACCUUUCCUCAACAUGCUAAAUCUAGACUCUUGAUUCCUUUGCCUGAGUAGGGUGCCAUUUGCCAUUUGACAAUAGCAAGGCUAUUUUCUUAAGUGUGAAAGUAAACAAUGAAAUUGUAUAUUCUUUGUUGUCGAGAUUGUUGUUUUAUUAUUAUUCUAUUCAUUUCUUUUUCUUUUCACACAUUUUAGAUCGUUUGGAUGUGAAAAGACAUACAUGCUGUGGGGAUCUUCUCCUCUUGUCCCUGUGUUUGCUGUUCCGGAAUCUGUGGGGGCGGGACUUUUCUUCACUCCUUCCUGAUCUCGGGGGUUGGGGGGAACCAAUGGGGCAACCUCCUGGGGAGUAGGGGAGCUGUGAUGGUGACUCGUCCAUGUUCCGUGGGUGCUGGAGCGGUGCCGGCUGGCACCCGCCUGGGUCCCCAGCUCUGGCUGCUGGUGGGGGCGGUGGGGCCCCCCUGUCGCUCCUCAGGCCUGCUUCCUCCUCUACUCUCCGUUCCUUGCGGCCCGCUGUGGUCGCCUCCUCCUCUUCCCGUGGGGGAGCCGGGCGGUCCCCUGCGGGCUCUGGGAAACUUUGUUCUGUUCGACUGAUCAAGUCUCUUCUUCUUUUCCUGUCGGCUUGUCUCGUUCGGGUUCGCCACAGCGCGUCAUCCUUUUCCAUAAGAUACACCAAGUCCUCUCCUGCCUGCCUCUCUGAUCACCUUGGCUGCAGUGGUCCAGUCUUCUGGAAGCUCCUCCCAUCCACCGAGAGCCUGUCUUACCUCUUCCCGAAAAGCUGCACAACACUCAUCCUGUCUCAGCUUCCACCACAUGGUUCUCUUCUCUGCCUUUGUCUUCCUAAUUUUCCUCCCCACCACCAGAGUCAUCUUACACACCAGCAUCCUAUGCUGUUUAGCCACACUCUCCCCUACCACUACCUUACAGUUGGUAACCUCCUUCAGAUUACAUCGUCUGCACAAGAUGUAAUCCAUCUGUGUGCUUCUACCUCCGCUCUUGUAGGUCACCCUAUGUUCGUGCCUCUUCUGGAAAAAAGUGUUCACUACAGCCAUUUGCAUCCUUGUUGCAAAGUCUACCACCAUCUGUCCCUCCAAGUUCCUUUCCUGGAUCCCGUACUUACCCAUCACUUCUUCAUCACCCCUAUUACCUUCACCAACAUGUCCAUUACAAUCUGCACCAAUUACGACUCUCUCUCUGUUUGGGAUGCUCAGAACUACUUCAUCUAGCUCCUUCCAGAAUUUCUCUUUCACCUCUAGGUCACAUCCUACCUGUGGGGCAUAACCACUAAUCACAUUACACACAACACCCUCAAUUUCAAGUUUCAGCCUCAUCACUCGAUCUGAUACUCUUUUCACCUCCAAUACAUUCUUAGCCAACUCUUCUUUUAAAAUAACCCCGAUUCCAUUUCUCUUCCCAUCUACACCAUGGUAAAAUAAUUUAAACCCUGCCCCUAAACUUCUAGCCUUACUGCCUUUCCACCUGGUCUCCUGGACACACAAUAUAUCAACCUUUCUCCUAAUCAUCAUGUCAAUCAACUCCCGAGAUUUUCCGGUCAUAGUCCCAACAUUCAAAGUGCCCACAUUCAGUUCUAGGCUCUGUGCUUUCCUCUUCUCUUUCUGCCGAAGAACCCACUUUCCACCUCUUCUUCUUCUUUGACUUCGACCCACAGUAGCUGAAUUUCGCGCCGGUGGCGGACAUUGUUAACCCGGGCCACGACCGAUCCGGUAUGGAAUUCUUUGGAUGAACGCUCAUAUUUGUUUGGCAAAGUUUUAAACUGGAUGCCCUUCCUGACGGAACCCCUCUGCAUUUAUCCGGGCUUGGGACCGGCCUACAGUUUGCACUGACCUGUGCCCCCCAUAGGGCUGCAUUCGACUGAUCAUGUCUGAUUAUCAAUAAACCUCAAUUAUAAUACCACAGCAGAAGCUUAAAAACUCCACUGUGACACAGUAAAACUGUUCCGGCAUGAAAGGGAUACAGAUUUUCCCUUCUGGUUGACCUAAGAGCCAAACAGGACAAAAAAAAAAAAAAAAAAAAAAAAAAAAGGCUUGUGGAGGCCACUGUGCUCUUAGGAACCUUAAGUGCAGAAGAAUGUUUUUUUUUAUAACCUUGGCCAGAUCAGUGCCUUGCCACAAUUCUGUCUCUGAGCUCUUCAGGCAGUUCCUUUGACCUCAUGAUUCUCAUUUGGUCUGACAUGUGAGCUGUAAGACAGGUGUGUGGCUUUCCUAAUCAAGUCCAAUCAGAAUAAUCAAACGCAGCCGGACUCCAAUGAAGGUCUAGAACCAUCUCAAGGAUGAUGAGACGAAAUGGACAGCACCCUAGUUAAAUAUAUGAGUGUCACAGCGAACGGUCUAAAUACUUAUGGAUGUGUGAUAUUUCAGUUUUUCUUUAAUAAUUCUGCAAAAAUGUCAACGAUUCAGUUUUUUUUUUGUCAAUAUGGGGUGCUGUGUGUACAUUAAUGGGGGGGGGGGGGAAAUGAACUUAAAUGAUUUUAGAUUUUAUUUUGAUUGUACUUUGGAUUUUCACAUUUUGGACUGUUUUUAUUUACCAACUUUUGAAACUUUGAAUGUAACCAAAAUGUUCUCCUUGAUCGGAUGUUUUUGGAUUGUUUUAGUUUUCAUCUCAAAGGGCCAGCUUGGAACACUUCAUCUCAUUUGUAAGUGAGUAGAUGUUUCAAACCCUGUUCCUUUUUGUGAGUUUUAUUGUUUUCAUUUUUAUUAUUUGUUCCUUUUUGUGAAUUGUAUUUUUAUUUUUAUUGAUUGAAGCCUUGCACUUGCUAAAUUCUGUUAAUUAAAUUACCUUUUUCUGA